AUGCUGGCGAUGGCCAGCGGCGAAAACACCUCAAAAAAGCCCGCGCCAACGCCCGUUGACAAGAACAAUUCUCCACCUUCGACAGCUGUCAAGAAGCCCGCAGCACCGGUCCGUACGGCGGCCACUCCAGCUGGACGUCCAGUUCCAAGUAAACCUGUGGCCAAGCCAGCGAUGAAACCAGCCAAGGCCCCGCCUGCUCAGUCCAGUUUAAAGAGACCACCCCAAAAGCUGUCAGCUCAAGAAUCAAAACGACCGCACCUGAGUACUCCUGUAGCCAGUGCGCCAGCUACCCCGGAUGGGAUUGCCAAAAAGAAGUUUAGUUUCAAAGAUAUCAUGAAAAAGGCCGAGACGUUGGACAAAGACAAGUUCCGGUUGCAAGUGAAGACAAGAGGGCGCAAGCCCGACGCUCCUAAGCAAACGAAAACUGCUGCCCUUCUAGCCGCCAAACCUGCGAAACCCGCUCCGAGACAGCCGAGUCCUGCCGAAAAGCAGCCAUUGAAACGCAGUAGCGGCCCUGCACCCAUCGCUCUGCCGUCGGCAAAGCUUGCGGAAAAGCUGCGACGCAAAUCAUCUGUUGCACAGGAUAGGGAUGACGACAUGGACGACUUUAUUGACGAUGAUGAAGAGGAGGAAGAGCCGUCGUACCGCGAUGAGAUUUGGAAAUUGUUCAACCGGGGACGCAGUAGAUCAGACUUUGUCGACGACUACUCCGACGACGACAUGGAGGCCACAAGCGCUGACGUUCUUGCCGAAGAAAUGAAGAGUGCUCGCCAGGCUCGUCGUGAAGAUCAGGAAGAAGAAGCCAGGCUUCAGCGCCUGGCUGCAGAAAAGGCACGCAAAAAGGCCCAAAAGGGUCUAUAA